UGUCGGUCACCUCAUUUUUGUUUUGCUUGCUUUUAUUUAUAAGAAUUAGACAAAUACACAUACCGCCAGCAGGAUGUAUCAAUAAGAGGACGUGUUAUGGAGGCGCUGCCAUGUGCCAGCCAGCAGCAGCAGGAGGAGCAGCUCGCAAAUCUCAGCAUGGACUCGAGCCUGGGCGAUAAUGUGGUCAGCAUACCCAAAGAACUUAUUCUGCUAUCGCUUGUCGCCCAGCAGCAGUGCCUGUACAAUCCCAAGCAUCCGCACUAUCGCAGUACAAAGAGCAAGGAUGAGAAGUGGGCCGAGAUUGGCGGCCAAGUUGGUUGGUCAGAUACGCAAUGCAAGGGGAAAUGGAAGGCCCUGAGGGACCAAUACUGCCGCGAGCUGAAGCGCGCCAAGACAUGUGCCAAAGCUGUCAAGUGGAAAUACUUUAAGGAACUUGACUUUCUGCGUCCAUUUGCCCUGGCGCGAAACUAUCGGGGAAGAUCUGCACAGAGUGCCAAUGGUAUUGUGCCCAUAGGUCAGGCGCUGACGCUGCCCAUAAACAAUUCGUUUAGCAGCAACAGUAGCAACAGCCAGAACUUGCACCUAUCCAGCAGCAUCAAGAUCGAGGAUGCCACGGCGGCUAGUCUUUUGGACAACUGUAGUCUUGUUCAGUUUCUGCAACAGCAUGUGCCAUCUACAACGUCGUCAGGGGCUACAGGCGUCACGACAUCCACCGACAAGAAGUCGGGAUCAGCUUUCAUUGCCAACCACAUUAACGUCAUGCAGCAGCAUCAGCAACAACUGCAGGCGCAGCCAGGGAACAACUGGAGCUAUCUGGCCGAUGCAGGAGGUGGAUCUACUGCCCCCAGCAUUGUUGACCCCACGGUUGUGGAGAUUGUCGACUGCGUAAAUGCCGCAAAUAAUCAGUCAAACUCUGCGGCAACAACAAAGGCAGCAACAGCAGUGACGACAACGACGUCAACGAAUGCCGAAGAGGAAGACGAUGAUCCCCUACACACGUUCCUCGACAUGGAAAGCUUUUUCGAAAAAGAACUGAUUACGCUGAUACAGCAGGAGGAUAUGAUAUACAACUAUGGCAAUGAAAAUUAUCGCAAUGCCAAGCUAAAAAUGGAAGUGUGGGAGGAGAUUGCACGCAAACUAAAGAAGUCGGUAAAACAGUGUCGGCUCAAGUGGAAAGCCUUGCGGGACCAAUACGCGCGCGAGCACAAACGUCUGAGGACCCUGAUGCAAAUAGAGGCUACAUCGCGUUGGAAGCACUACGAUACACUGAACUUCCUUCAAAAGUACAUACAACAAAAGGCGUUUGAGGGAGAUCCUCCACUUAGUAUGCUGUUGCCGAAGCAUGAUCUAGAGGAGCAUCUGGGUGGGCAUGGCAACCAUUCCACGACGACACAGCAAAACAACAUGGAAACAUCUUCGACUAGCUCACAGCUGAACAUGUCCCUGCCAACUCUGACGGGUCCACACAAGUCCGAGCUGACCAACGCGCUUCAACAGCAGCAGCAGCAGGAGGAGCAGAACCAGCAGGCCAGGGAGCUUUGUGUGGCCAGCUAUGAUGAAAUGGACAUUGAGAACUUCAUUAAUGGCGAUGCGCACCACAAUGACGAGGACGAGGACGAUGAGAAUGAGGAAAUAGAGAACACAACGGUGCCGGAGCCAAAUACCCAGCAACAAGAACAACAAGUGGUGGGCUAUGACCACGAGGAUAGGUCCGUGUACAUGGCCGUUCAGAGUGUCAGCAAUGCCAUGACCAAGCAGGAGCAGCUCAACGAUGCCUCAAGUAAUCUGGAGCAACAGCAGCUGCAACCAGCUGGAGGCUAUCAGCAAAAGCUGGACGUGGAAGCGCCAUCAACACCACGUUACCAGAACGCUGCCACCACCCCAUGCUCCACGCCGACAUCGCGAUAUUACUCCAAUCAAAUAUCACCACCCAAGAGCGGACAGCUAGAGUUCCCAGUCGGCAGCAUUAACGGCGAGGACGAUGAAAUCGGUGCCUUUUUCAAGGCAGUGGCAAUGAAGAUUCGCAGUGCUCAGAUGGAACCGGUGGCCUUUACCGAUCUACAGAUCGAUAUACUCCGUGUCAUCAAUGAGGCACUGCGAAACCACCAGAGAGAGUGAGAGUAGGAGGAGACCAAUGCGGACCAUUUACGGUUUCAAGGCGUUUCAGUUUUUUGUAAUAAGUGUUAUUUGAAAAGUGUUUUUUUCUAAUUUAUAGUGGAGUUGACAAUUUAGCAUAAUUCUUUAUUAUACCCGGUACUCGAAGAGUAAAUUGGGUAUAUUGUAUUUGU